GGGCCUGCAGGGGGGCCGGGCUCGUCCUUCACUUUCCCGACCUGUCCGCUCCGCAGCGCUCCAGCUCGAUCCCGUUCCCGAUCCCGAUCUCCUUCCCGAGCUCCCCGCCAGCAUGUCUCAGGCUGACUUCGACCAAGCGGCCAAGGAGGUGAAGGAGCUGAAAACUCAGCCCGAAGACCAGGAGAUGCUGUUUAUCUACAGUCACUUCAAGCAAGUCACGGUCGGAGACGUAAACACGGAGCGCCCCGGCAUGCUGGACUUCAAGGGCAAGGCCAAGUGGGACGCCUGGAACUCACUGAAAGGCAUGUCCAAGGAGGACGCCAUCAAGGCCUACGUGGACAAGGUGGCCGAGCUGAAGGCCAAAUACGGCGUGUGAGAGGCCCCCUGCGUCCGACCGCCCUGCGGACCCCCGCCCGGCCUCCGAGAGCCCCCGGGGCCCCGGCCCGGCACUCGAUAAUAAACACGUUGGUUCCGUUGGC